AUGUCAGGACGAGGCUGUUGUUACGUGCGCCUAACCGCAGCUUUGCAGUCCAUUGUCUAGUCUGGGAAGUUUGGGAAUCGCAGAAACAUUUAAAGUGUCUGUUUCCCACAUUUGCUCUUCCCUGGCAUCCAGGUGGCAUGAACAGACUAACAGGGGCUUAGCUUAACUGCCAUCGAAAAGAAGAUAUUUUCAAGUGCUAGAUAGAUAACUUAUGUCAUGGGCAGGCAGGAUGAUGUUGUGAUAUAGGGCCAGAACCUGAAGAAUAAUGAACACUGCAUGAGGUGCUGUGUCCUUUGUAUUUCUUCUUAAGAAAAGGUGUGGUCUAGUAAUAGUUACUGAGUAUUUGCAUGUGGCACUGCAGUGGUGCCUGAUGUCUAUGAAUACAUUGAAACAGCUGUAUUUAUGACACAUCCUCUUUGAAAGAGGGGAAGAACGUAAAACUGGCCAGAUUCUUUAAGAGCGUUUUUCUGUUAUUUUUAAGACCCCGGGAGGGAAGCAUUUGAGGGGUAGGGAAGGUACUCAUUUGAAGCACGCUAUAACCCCCUGAAGCCACAUUGUUGGGCCAAUGAGAGCUGUACCGCUGGCAUAAGUAUGAACAGUUGCUUCAGCUGCACUCUGAUGGCUGUCGUGUAGACUCUGGGUCCAUAAACACUAGAGUUGUUAAGCUUUUGUGGAGCUGUUCAGCUGCCCAAGGAAGAGGUGGUAGGCCCAUGGAAGUAGCCCACAAGUGGAUUCAGGUUUCUGGUCAUCGCUUGGACCACACUACUAAGGAAACAUAUGUCAACACUGCACUACUGUGUCCAGCUCGGCUCCCCAGUACAAGAAAGACAACGUCACACUGGAGCAAGUCCAGUGAAGGGCCACAAAGAUGAUUAAGGGUGUCUGACAUAUGAGGCAAGGCUGAGAGAGCUGGGACUCUUCAGCCUGGAGAAGAGGAAGAUGUCCUGUAACAUCGUGGGUGAAGAGGACCUCUUUUUGGAAGAAAAAAGAUUCAAGCAGUACUGUGAAGAAUUUAUUAAACAUUCACAGCAGAUAGGAGAUGGUUGGGAGUGGAGAACUAGCAAGGACCUUGGUGAUGGUUAUCUUACUAAAACACAGUUCCAAGUAAGAAAUAGAGACCUCCCACCAGAUCUGAAGGAGAAAAACAAUGAUAACAUUGAACAAACGUUAUUUACACAUGUUGAAGAGUCUUUGGAUGAUAUUCAAGAAGCUGGAGUUUGUGCGACAGAAGAAGUGAUUCGCUAUGAAUAUCAUGUCUUGUACUCCAGCAGCUACCAAGUACCUGUGCUUUAUUUUAGGGCAUGCUUUUUAGAUGGAAGACCUUUAACUCUGGAUGAAAUAUGGAAAAGUGUUCAUGCAUGCUACCAGGCUCAUCUGCUGGAGUGGCCUUGGGACACUAUUACACAGCAGGAGCACCCCUUACUUGGGCAGCCAUUUUUUGUUCUGCACCCCUGCCGGACUAGUGAAUUCAUGUCUUCAAUACUGACCAGUUCACGGAAACAUGACAGACACACAAAUUACAUUAUAUUGUGGCUCAGUUCUGUAGGCCCAGUUGUGGGUCUAAAUCUGCCCCUGAGUUACGCAAAACUAGCACCUGAGCAGAAUACAAACGCUGAUUGAGUUGAAAGACCUCUGAGCUGAAGGACAGAUGAUGGUUAGCUGUAGUAAAGCUACUGCAGACUUUCCUAGGGAUGAAAUCAAACAAAGGAAUCCUUCCUGACUGGUAAACAAUGCUGUGUGGAAAGAUGACUGUUCAUGGCUCUUUCUCUGGCAAGAACUUGCUUAGUUAUAGUGGAAGACCUAAGAGUUGGCUGCAGUUGCAACAACAACUCUCAAGCACCACCAAGACCUGAACUCCCUUGUGACUGCAUUGACCCCCUGAAGUCACUUAUCUCCUGCCUCUGUUUUACUGUGGUUAUGGCCUUAGUAAGACUGCACACAAAUGCACAAACCUAUGGUUUCGUGAUACAGAGUUGAGAUGCUGGGUUUGGAUCUGCUAAACUUAUCUACUAAAAAUCACGUCUCUAGAAAAUGUGCACCAUCUGUGAGGAUAUGUACAGCGAAAUACUUGUAGGAUGUGGUUUAAGCUUGUGGCAGUCAGUGUACAGGCUGAGACUACUUUGUCUAGGGACCACCUUCUCCACCACAGCCUGUUGCAUGGACCACCCUUGUGUUCCAUACCACACACAGAAUAUCCUAAUCCCAGGACUGAAUAAUACUUUUCUGAGAAUAUUUUGUGUACUUCAUGCUUCAGGGAACAAACAGGAUCAGGACUGUAGACAAACAGAGUACGUACAGUCUACAUCUAACUAAGCAUGUACAGUUCUAGAGUUCAAGGUGCCUAAUGCUAUCGUAUGAGAACAUCUGGCUUUUCUGUGCUUCGCUGCCUCCAAAGGAAGCUUUGCCAUACCCUGUGGGAGUUACUGUUGCAGUCAAUUAGUACUUCUCAUUGUACUAGUAGUUGUUCACAGGUUUAGUCCCUAUCCUGCAGCCUUUAUGCAAGCCUCUCCUGACAGCUGUUGAUUUUUGGGCAAGUAGGAAUUGCAUGGUGGUGCAAUCAGUGAAAACCAGAUUAGAAGUAACUUCCAUACAAGUAAUUUUGGAUUCUUUCCCAAUCACAUUUUGUUUGUAGUAUAAAACAGACCACAAGUCCUGAGCAGUUGAGAUGGAAUUACAGAUUUUACUUUAUAUGUUCAGCAAUAUGUCACUUGCAUACAGAGUCCAACGUAUGCCACAUCAGAGCUGGAAAUGUGAAAUGCAUUGGGUUUCAGAUUCUGGGGUUUCAGAUAUUUUGAUUGGUUGCAUAUUUUUAACUUGUAUCAUAUGUUAUUGGUGGAUUGAAAUACAGUGCAGUCUUUUAAAAUUCCAUUGGUGCAGAAUUCUUUUGCCAGCCAUUUGGAAUUAAUAAUGAAAGCACAUAAUUUAUCUCAUUCUGGAUCAUAACAGCCUGAAAAGCCAUUUUUCCAUGUAAGAUUUAUAAAAUACGGUCUUCCAUUCAUGUACCAUGCCAGCAGCUACAUUGCCUUUUUUAACGCUUCUGGUAACAUAUGCUUGAUAAUUGCAUCCAUAGCCCAUUUUCAAAUUUAAGGGAGACUUACACAGGAGGAAAAACAAAAAACCAGAUAACAGCAGUUUUAAGAGCAGUUCAUCCCUGCUCUAUGAUCUUCAUUUGUGAUACAGGGAAACAGAGGGGUAAAAGCAAUUGGCCCUUCUCAGCUGCCCGGCAUUGGUAAGCAGCUCUAUGUCAGCUUCUCCUGUGUCUAUCCAGCGUAUUGGCACACACACACACUGUGCUGGCUAGCCCUUGGGACCUGUAUUCUUGGUAUAACUUAGAACUGGCCUCAGGUACCUUUAUUUAAAGCAAGGUCUGAAUUGGCUCCUGCUGACCUUAGGAUCAGGGAAGUGGAAAGGAUUGAUGGAGUUGCUCCCUAUGAACCAUCAGCACUGAAUGCUGCAUCAGCGUAUCUGAGGAUCAGUUACGCUCAUUUUCCCCAAGCAUCACAGAUAUUACUUGGUACUGCACUGAGGGUCGAACAUACAGAAGAAAUUCCACUUUUAAACAAUAUAAAUAACAGAAUGCAAUCCUGAAUACAGAGUGGAUUUGGAGUAACUUAUAGCUGAAAUACUAGUUUUAGUGUUCUCUUAUACUGAACAAGAGCUGUUCCUUGAUAAAGGAGAAGAAGGGAGCCUGGAACAACAUUGAGUAUUAUUUUCAGUACUCAACUGCUAAGCUGCCGCUGUGCAAAAUUUAUAAGCAUCGUUUCAUAGGCAUUUCUUGGAGACCAGCUCUUCCUGUUUCUGUCUUGGAAGCAGAAACUGCAGUACAACAGUAUUCUUCAUGAUGGGAUUUGGCCACUUGGGUUUCUUCACUGUAGGCAAGAAUUCUUACUGCAAGUCUAUGAAGUGUCAUUGCUCUACUCUGAAUGUUAGCAUCUCAUCCAUGUGACACUAUACAUUGGAUGGUGUAACUUACAGAUUGUAAUUACAAGAGAAAACAAAUAUGAAAUAAGUCUGGGAGAAUAUACUGCAGUCACUUUGUCCACUCUCUCAGCCUUCCAUUGCACCUUAAUCUUCUCUUCUUUUUUUCAAGAAUUGAAGAAAAGUGGAAUUUCUAUGUAGAUAGAAAUAAAUAUUUUUCUUUUACAUGGAGGAAGUCUCAACACCCGUUAAUUUCUACCUUAAUUUAUCAUUUGUAAACAAAAGCAAGUAUUAUUUGGACAGGGCACUGCACACUGUAGUAGACUUAAGAUUUUCUCUGUCAGAGACUACCCUAGGCACUUGUGUAAUGGAUGGCUGCACACAGCGGGAUACUGCUUUGUCAGUGUCCUGACAGUCACAGUAAUUCCUAGACAUCCUCUCCCAGCAAUCCCUCUACCUCCUGGAUAUCUUAUAACCAUACGUUCACUUGGCUGGACACACAAGUUGUUCCCAGUUUCUGAAGCUGUCUCUGUCUUGCUUCCUUCCUGCUGAUAAUGCCCCUCCAAAUUCCUCUUCAGUGCCUUGACCCUGUUCCCACAGUUACUGAGACACGAUGGUGGUAAUGGGGAGCAAGAAAUGGAUAAGCAAGCUGACAGUUACCCUGCCCUGCUACAAUUCUUAACACCAUAAACAACAGAGCAACAGAGCAGUGUCAUCAUCAGUAUCAACAGUUCCCUGAAAUUUGUCCAGAAUACCACUAGACAAAAAUUCAGCUUGGUUAGUACAAAUAGACUGAGAAACAAAUACAGGAUAACAUAAAUAUUUGGGAUCAAGCAGAGAUAUAAUCCUGUUUAGAUAUCUGCUUUCUAAUGGCGUAAGUGGGAGGUAGGCAUCUAAUUUCCCAUUUACAUCUGUGCCUCAAUGACUUAGAGGAUAUUUUAUACAGAAUGUUUAUGUACAAAAAUGCUAUUUUAUUUCAGAAUCAAAUUAAUUGCAGCACUAUUUUGUAAUUUUAUUACUGAAUCUAUUGAAGAUCCUUAGAUCUGAACUUGGGUUUUGGCUACAUACAUUAUCUGAAAUCCUGCAGUUUACCAAAAGAAAAUUUCCAGUUCCAAACAGUUCUGUAAAUUUGCUCAGUUGUUCUAUCCUUGCUAAUCUGGGAAGGCAUAUUGAGGACCAUUGCUUCUGGGGACUUCUUUUUAAGAGAACUGACUCAUACCUGCCCUUGGUUACAAGAAUCAGCAAGAAAAAUGAAUUUUAUAUGUUGAACUAAGCCAAAAAUAUGCUUUUCUUUGGAAUGCAAUUGCUACCUACAUAAUCCCUCAUUUGUGUCAGCAUGAUCAGGUUAGAAUUUAACCCCCAUCUGGUCUGCCAGAAGGUUUGUAGUUGGUUGGUUUUGGUUACUACAAGAAACAUUCCUUCAGUCAAAUUGCAUGCUUGUUUUCACAACACUAAAUGUUGAGCUAGUUAAUUAGAGCUGAAUAUAAUGAACUAAUCAAUAUCAAUUCUUGUUGCGACUCCAUGAAUUUCAGCAAAACUUUCUCAAUAACUUUUUUUUUUGGCCAUUUGCUAUGACGAUGAUUUAAUGAGUUUGUUUGGACAUCUAUAUUUGUAUUGCACAGCAUUUCAGUUACAGCAUAAACGAAAAAUGAUUGCUUUUUUCCUCUGAACUGUGAAGUUACAAUUAUUUCCUCCAAAAUACUCUCUUCUAGAGAACAGUGUAUGUAUGAAUAUCUGUGCAUAUUUUUAGUAACAUGUAGGCUUUUAAAAAUGUUUCAAAGAGUUUAGAGCAUUUCUUAGCAAUAAGUUCUUACCAUCUAGAAUAAAAAAAAUGUAUGCCUGAAGUUCAUAGCUGCAAAACUAACCAUGUAUUGCCUGCUCAGGAAGAAUUAGGAAUGUAUCACACCUGUUAUCUUUAUGUCCUGGAUUUUGUUAGAGUCUUAAAAAACCCUGCACCACAAGGAAGCUUUCACUUCACCACUUGAGAGCUUGUUGUAACUGUCACCUACUGAAGAUGAAUUUCAACUCAAGGCGAGAGAGGAGUUCACUGCUGUGUUUGAAAAGAGAAUGGGUUUACAGAGCCUCACCUCGAACACUUUCUUUUUCCUCAAGCCUGUUUGUUAGAAAACAUGUUUUGCUGUAGUAUUAUUUUUCAGUAACGUUGUUAGUACAGCACGCUGGGAGAGGUAGCCCUGUCUAAAGGGAUUAGGCUGCCUGCUUCUCUGUGCGCUGCUGGGUUCAGCAGCCAUGCGCUAUUAGCCUCAUCAGCAGAGGACAGAUGGAGGGAGAUACUAUUCAGGUGCUUCCUGUCCCCACCUUUGUUGCUGCACAGGAUUAGGCUAUAGAUAGAGAAGAAUCCCAGUAAGCAGAUUUUCACCAGCAGUCAUCUGUAUCAACAGAAGCAAUCCCUCAUGUUGGGUCUGUCUCUUUUGGAAUACAUCACCUUAAAAUGCAGAGGCCAGUCUUAAUGAUUUUUGCUUCCACUGAGCAAGUGCCGUAGUUGAUGCCACUCCACUUUGAGGGGCAGGUAGAGCCCACAGCAGGGGAGAACACAGGCUGGGCAUAGGUUGAAAAAGAUUUGGCACACUGUGGAACUGAACUAAUCCUUCUUUCCUUUGCACUUGAUCCAAAUAAAAAUCCUGAACUGAAUUCUGGUGGAUUCCAGCCAGGCCUCACUCUGCCAAGCGCUGGUUGUUUCUCCAGGAUUUGUAAGGUUCAUUCUCCUGCAUCCAGCCAUGAGGUAUUGUUAGCUUCGUAUGUUUAGCCAUGUGCUUUAAUAUCUACUAAUAUGCUUUGCUAAUGAAGUAGAAACAUGGACUGCCGUAUCUAUUGCACAAGUUCACGUCUUCUCUGAUCUCUGUGGAUUCCCCUCUGUUAUGGUGGAUUUGGGUUGUAUGACACAUAGCUUCAACGCCUCUUCAUUGGGCUUAAACCCCCUCCAAUAGUGACUUGGGGAUGAGGUUUGGCUUGGUUCAUCUUCCUUUGACUUCUUUCUACAGUGUCCAGAUAACACAAAUUAUUCCUGGGCCCUGACAGAAUCCACAGACACAUUUGCUAGAAGAAUCCUGGUGCCCAAAUGUUGACUAGAUGUCAUGUGCUAAACAUGCUUGUAAAACAAAUAAUAAAAUGCCACUCAAAAUGUGCAACUAGCUUUAAUAACUUUGAGCUUUACUUGUCCCGCUCCCAGUUCUGUGCAUUCUCCUACUCCUGGUAUCUGUUACUGUCCCUUCAUCUUAAAAGCAGUCUCACUUCUGCUAUGUGGCAAGAAGUUUUAGAAAAGCAAGUUAAAACAAAAAAAAAAGCCCCUAAUUCAACCAAGCCUGCCAAAUGUACACAUGCUUGAUGGACUAAUAAGUACCUCUGUUCUUCUCUUCCAUGUUUUCGAUGUAACAAGAUUUCAGGUGGAUUUACUCCGUAAGUUCUUAUACUUGUGUGUGGCAUUUAGCCACCCUUUAGGUACGCAAAGGCAACAACACAGUAAGUGUCCCAUUGUCCUAACAGGAACUCACUGAAUCAGUAAAAAUCUAAAUUUCCCAUUUUGAAGAUUUCCUUUGUUAAAAGUCCACAUAAACAACUUUUUGGCUUACACCUUUUACGGUUCAGCUUUUCCCUUUAUUGUACUGAUAGCAACAUCUAGUGGCAAGAUUACCUCAUGACAAUGCCCUACUUCUGGAAACUGGUCUAGCUCCAUUUACAUCAUCUCCUUUACCGCCAGACUGACUUUAGAAUUUGAAAAGAUUUUGAACUGCGAGGACUUCAAUAGUUGUCUUCGCUGGCUGCAGUAAAAUCCUGUUUUUUUUUUUCAAAGGAGUAUUACUGGCAGCCCUACUAAUAAUUUUUUCUACGCAGGAAAAGCAAAUCAAAAUAUCAAAACAAACAGCUUGCUGGAAUAACAAACCCAAAGCUGCUAAUUUUUUCAGUUGAAGCAAUGUAUCUACUGUGGAAAUUGAGCUGGAAUCCUAACACCAGCCGUUGUGUAGGAUAACAUUUGCAUGCAUAAGACCAUGAUUUCUAGAUUAAACUAGCUGACUGGGAUGUGUCUCUUCCACCAGGAACUGCUGUCAGAUCUGCAAGCUGUGAGUCAGAGUUCAAUGUUCAGGUUUGCUCAUGCAGUAGCUUCCAGUCUUACUGUAAUUAAGGAUCACCUGAAAAAAAUUCAUGUUCUAGCUGUUUUGCAUGUAAUUUUGUAUCUGAUUUCUCUUACAUGUGUACCUGCAGUUGGUUUGAUGCAUAGUAUUAGUAAAUAGCUGUACUGAUGGUGGCCAA